UUUCUGAUAAAAAAUUCCGAGAUAAUUGAGUCGCCAGUCGUUCGGGAAGCUAACCCUGACACUGUUAUUUAUUUAAGACGGUUGCACCAAGAAUAUACACUUAUAAAUAAUUCAGGCGAGAGGAAGAGGAUAUGGUCAGCACAUGCGAGAUCGGUUUCUCUACGGUGUAAUGUAGAAUUGAGAGUUUUGUGUAUGUUGAUGCGUGAAAGUCACUAUGAUCGAACGAUUCCUGAAGAUGAGGAUAUAAUUCAAUUAUCGUUUCGUGUGUUAUUGCACUCAUCUAGAACGAUCCGUAGACAUACUCAGUAUUAUAUUAUUAUGCAGCUAGUUUACGGUUUCAAAAGAAUAGCGAUAUUUGAUUCAGAUCGUAUAAGAGAACAAUUAGAAAUGCAAUGGACGAUGAAUGUGAUGACCAUUCUGAAUGAUGACCAUUAUUUAAAUUUUGACUUUCACGCUACUCGUUUUAUUCUACAAAGAAUAAGAAACCUAAAUUAA